CUUGCCAUCCCUUAAAAUCCCCUAUCCAGUUGUAGAAAAGAACCACGGUGACUCAGUUCUCUCGCCGUCUCCCUCCCUGUUCUCGUUGACUCGCUGUUUCCUGCCGUUGACUUUAUUUCUCUUUUACCGUUCAUCUUUCUCAGCCUUGUGGCCGCUUGUUCGUCCUCUAUCGUCGCCGUUUCACGUACAUUUUCCGUUUGUUCCUUUCAUGGAAGGUAAAAGUGGAUCUUGUAGUUGUCUCUACAAUGAUAUUCGGUGUUGAUUUGUUUGAGGAUUACCUAAGUGAACUAAAAAUCGAUUUCAUUUAGACAAAAGUGGGGAUGUUUAUGUGGGUUAAGUAAAUCAAAAUAGGGACGUUGUAGGUCAAAUGAAUCAAUAUAGGCACAUGAACCACGUAAAAACUGGUUAACCAGUUCAAUACUUAGCCAUAUAUAUGUUGGUUAAAGCUUCCAAAAACUUGUCACAUAAGUGCUAUUGCAAUGAUUAAUAGCCCUUUUCGGCUUGAAAAGAGAAAACGUACCUGCCUCUCUAUGUAUUCCAACCGAGUUUAGAAUUAAUGGCCUUUAACGUAAAAAUCAAAAGCAAAGGUUAAAACAUACGUAUACACAUUAUGCACCAUAUAGCUUUGUGGAAAUUGUGCCUUCCAAAAUUGUCAAGUUUCAAUACUUCAAGGACUAAAAUUUUAACUUGACGUGACAUGUUUUCACCAUUAAACGGUUGUGGUAGAUGCAAUUAAUGAGGAAUCAGAUUCAACGACAACUUUCUCUUCUUUUCAAAAUUUGUUUGGUGGCUCCAUUAAUAUGCAUGUACUAAAUAUUCCUCGUGUUGGGUAGUGACUUAAACGUCACAAGAAAUAUAUAACGCUGAAGGUCUGAACCAGUUCAUUUUGAUCAUCACAAAAAUAUACAUCACCAUUUUUAGCUCUUUGUAAUCUUUUUGUUCCAAUUUUGUAAACACUGAAGUUACAGUGGAUUGUUUUUCGGCUUCCCACCCUCAUGGUUUUUCCAGAUUUGGGUUUUCCAUGUGAAUCAUUGUAUCUUUUUUAUGUAUCGUUUUCAUUCAUUUUUCAUUGGUGGUUGAUUAUUGUUUGAUAUUUUGAUCUUAUUCCGCAUUGAACCAAUAUUAUUCUAAUUUAUUCGGAUUCUUGGAGUGCAACCACAUUGGUCUUUUACUACAUAGCUCCAAAGGCAAAUUCAAAACUCAAAGGCUGGGGAUAAAAGUCAACAUAUUUACAAUUAGGGUUCAUACAAUGAAAUUUAAACAUUUUGCAGAAACAUUAUAUAUGUACCGGAUCGUGAUGUCGAAUCAUGAAGAAAGCCGGUGAAACCGACUUUCAUAAACAAUAACGUGUGGAGGAGUUUCGAAAAUCUUGGGAAGGGUGAAGAGUCAUCGACACAUAACUCGUAAUGGUUGUUCUAUUUGAACUUCCAAAAGGAUCUUCACCUUCUUCAUCAACUCAUGGCCAUAUUAUAUCAACAUGUGGUCCUAGAUCAUCAACUCAGGAUGAUAGAUAUGAUGUAUUUUUAAGUUUUAGAGGUGUUGACACUCGUCUUAGUUUUACUAAUUAUCUUUAUGAGGCCCUUAUAGAUGCCAAUAUCAAUACCUUCUUGGAUGAUGAAGAGAUUGAAACAGGGGAAGAUCUAAAACCAGAAUUAGAGAGCGCAAUUAAGGCAUCUCGGGCUUCUAUUAUCGUAUUGUCUAAGAAUUACGCUUCUUCAACAUGGUGCCUCGAUGAAUUGGUGAUGAUCCUUGAGCAACGUAUGUCCUCUGACCAUAUUGUAAUCCCCAUCUUUUAUCAUGUGGAGCCCACCCAUGUUAGGAAGCAACAAAGUAGCUUUGGAGAUGCCAUGGCUAAACAUAAACAAAUGAUGAAGGUAGAGACAAAUCCAAUUAAAAUAAAUCAAUGGGCUAAAAAGAUGGACCGGUGGAGUAAGGCACUUGUAGAAGUUGCUAAUUUAAAAGGAAAGGAUGUAAAAGGAAGGUUUGAGAGUGAUUUAAUCGAAGAAAUUGUAAAAGACAUCUACCGUCGAUUACGUAUACCCUUAGGGAGUGUUCGAUCAUUUCUUAUUGGGAUGGAAUAUCAUAUUAAUUUUGUCACUUCAUGGUUGAAAGAUGGAUCCUCACAUACGACAGACAUACUUACUAUUUAUGGUAUAGGCGGGAUCGGGAAGACAUCAUUAGCCAAACAUGUCUAUGGGCUAUAUUCUCGUGAAUUCCACACAAGUAGCUUCAUUGAAGAUAUCACAAGGAAAUGUGAUGAACAGUUUAAUGGGUUGCUUGAUUUACAAGAACAACUCUGCAAUGACAUUUCAAAAACAAGUUCAAUUAAAUUUCAUGAUGUUUCGAUAUACACCGCAAAGAUAGAAAAUGCACUGGCCCGUAAAAAGGUGUUUGUAGUUCUUGAUGAUAUCAGUACCCUUGUUCAGUUGGAAGCAUUACUUGGAAGCAAAGGUUUUCAUCCCGGAAGCAAAGUUAUAAUAACCACAAAGGACAAAUGGUUGACAGAGAGUUGUGAACUAUUCAAAAGAAACAUUAAACCCAAACAUGUAAAAGACUUCCUUGAAGGCUUACAUGAGAUUAAAUCACGACAACUUUUGUGUUCCCAUGCGUUUAUGUGUAACCAUCCCAAGGCAGGUUAUGAAGAGGUGACAGAUAAGCUUAUGAAGUAUUGUCAGGGACAUCCAUUGGCUCUUGAAGUUUUGGGUAAGUCUCUGUAUAAUCGGGAUGUGGCUUACUGGGAAGGGUGCAUGGAAGGGCUAAAGAAAGAAAUUAGUUCCCCUAUAAAUAAUGUCUUGAGAAUGAGCUUCGACACUUUGCCAUCAAACAACGAUAAGGAGUUGUUUAAGCAUAUUGCUUGUUUUUUCGUCGGAACAGAUAGAGAUGUUAGCGAAACAAUAUUAGAGGCAUGUGAUAUAAACACAAGAUCCGGAAUCACGAAUCUCAUUGACAGAUGUCUUCUUAGUAUUGGACCGAAUAAUGAAUUGAAGAUGCAUCAGUUGGUCCAAGAGAUGGGAAGAUUUGAAGUACGUCAAGAAUCACUUGACAAGCCAUGGAAGCAAAGUCGAUUAUGGUGUCAUAAGGAGUCAUUCAGAGUGUUGAAACAAAAAAAGGGUAAGGGAAAUCUUCUAGGCCUUGCCCUUGACAUGCGCAUGCUUGAGAAAGAGAAGUUGGGAGCAUCAUUUGAGCUGAAAACAGAUGCAUUGAGUAACAUGGAUAGUCUUAUGUUACUACAACUCAAUUAUGUGCACAUGUAUGGGUCUUAUGAGAACUUUCCAGAGAAUUUACGAGGCUUAUGUAUGCAUGGGUUUCAUUUAAAGUCUAUACCUGCAGAAUUACCUAUAGUGAAUCUUGUUGGUCUUGACAUGUCAUAUAGCAAUAUCGAAUCAUUUGUAAGUUGUUAUAGUAAUCCACAACGACUUGAGAAGAGGCAAAAGGUGGAUGGAUCGUGCUUAAAAGAGAAAAUAUUGUUUGCUUCACUAAAGAUUCUUAAUUUAAGUUUCUGCAAACAACUUCAUAGUGUUAGUGACUUUGAUCAACUGCCUGUGCUUGAGAGGUUAAUACUUAGAAAUUGCAUUGGUUUGCUUGAUAUUUGUGAAUCAAUUGGGCAAUGUGUUGAACUUGUCCUCAUUGAUCUGAGCUACUGCAAGAAGCUUGAAAAACUUCCAAGAAAUAUAGGGAAGUUGAAGAAGGUUAAAACAGUGUUGCUAGAUGGUUGUAAUCUUGAUGAAUCUCGAAUCAAGAAUAUGGAUGUGGAUUCACUGGAAAUAUUCACGGUUAACAACAUUCGCAUAAACAAAAGAACCUCUUUCUCUUCCUUUGUGGGUUCCAUACCACAUGAUUUGAAGUCCUUUGCAAUGUCUUUACCGAGGUCUUUAGUAAGGUUGUCACUUGCAAAUAAUAAAUUGUCCCAUGAAUCCUUUCCCACAGACUUUAGUUGCCUAUCCAUGUUAAGGCAUUUAUAUUUAGAUGGUAAUCCUAUCAUUUCCAUGCCUAGUUGUGUGAGAACCCUUCCUAGACUUGAGAUACUUAGCAUGGAGAAUUGUAAAAAAUUGAAGUCAGUCGAGUAUCCUCCACGUACACUAAGAGAGUUGUCUAUUAAUCCUUUUGAUGUGCAUUAUGUAAAAAAAGUUGUAUUUGAUCCAGAAAUGUGCCCACUCAAGCUAUCCGUAAACUGGUUAAAUUACUUAUCUUCGGUAGAUUGCACACGUGGGUCGUACGAAAUUGAAGGUGUGGUCAAAAUCCAACCAAUGGCUAGUGUUGAGGAAAAAGUAUUACAUCGCUUGGGCUGGACUAAUUUAGACUUCCUUAAUGAAACACGUGUGGGAACUAAUUCUUCAGAAUCUAAAAUCGAGAUGAUGAUUUACGAAUUUGCAAUAUUCAGCACAUUGUAUGAGGCGGAGGAGAUGCCGAGUUGGUUUAGGCAUAGAAGUGUGGGACCAUCAAUAUCAUUUACCAUCCCAUCAUCGUCAUCACCAUCUCCAAACAACCUUACAGGACUCAACUUCUGCUCUAUACAAACAUCAGAACCUUCUGCUGAGUGUUUUUAUUUAUCAUAUGGUCAGUUCCCCAUUACGCCAAUGAUGACAAUUAGUAAUAUAACAAAAAACCGUAGGUGGAUAUACGAACGUUACAGGGAUAAAUUUAGUGAAGGUCUAAAGUGUUGGGUGAUGUUAAGUCAUUGGAUGUUUGGGAUGAAUGAAAUGGAGGCUGGUGACCAUAUUACUAUUACUGUUACAGAACCAUAUGGUGAAGUUAUAAAGGAGUGUGGGGUGAGUCUUGUGUAUGAAGAUGGAGAGAAGAAGGAUGAAGAAGAAGAUGUGUUGGGUUAUUACAAGUCAUGGAAUCACAUAAUUGGUGGAGAUCUCUCUCCUUUUCAAACAACAACCGGAGAAUACCUCCUAAACAACACACGUUUUUUUGAGACUGGCAUUGAAUUGUAUCCAUAUCAUCGUAAAGUCAUUACUGAUGGCCCCAACUUUCAAGAACAAAACGAAAAGUAUUGGUUCAGAGCUUUUUCUCAAAGAAAUUCUAGCACGAUUGGUAGCGCACGUGAGAUAGGUACCGAUGCAAGGUUUAGAGAAGACGGAGCAGUCAAGACUCAUCUUUUAUUUUGAGUAUUCAUCAUGUUGUCUAUACUAUGAAAGAACACACUUGUAAUUAAUAUUAUACUGUUAAUGCAAUGGAUGUUGUUGAUGCUUGUUUACUA